AUGGACGCCGACCGAUGGAAAGAGCGCGGCUGUCUGGAAAAUGUAAAAGCUUCGGAUCUAGAGGGGGCACACAUCAUUCCUUAUGCGUAUGGUUCAUGGAGAUGGACACAGGGACCGCCCCGGAGUGUGGUUGAUGUGUGGACCGUUCUUUACCAAUGCUUCCCAGAAGUACGGCGAGCUGGCAUGAACGUGGAGAACAUCUAUCAUCCUUCCAAUGGCAUGAUGUUGCUUCCCGAUCUUCAUAAGCAAUUUGGAAAAUUCCUAAUGGCUUUCGAGGCCACAGAUGUACGGCACAAAUACAAGUUGAAGCUUUACCGACGUUUCCGUUCCUAUGCUCGAAACGCACUUCCCGAAGACGGCACCGUGACUUUCCGGAAGGCGGGGGGAGCCGAGAAUAUCCCUCUGCCAAAUCCGGUCUUGCUCGAUUGUCAUUUUCGGGUUGCUGAAAUUUUGAAUGCGUCCGGAAUGAACGAGUUCAUAGAUCGUAAGAUUCGGGAGUGGGAAGACUUAAAAGAUGGCCCCGACGCCGCCCAGCUUCGACCUGAUGGUUCCACAGAUGUUGCUCGUUACCUGAGGGCCGGCUUAUGGGACUCUGUGGCAGUUUGA